AUGCGUCCCUUCUUCCUCUCUUAUUUCUUUGUUUCGGUGCUGGCGACCGUGACUGUCCUCCCUUCUAGCAAUUCCCAGGACUUGUCCUGGUCUUCGUCCGUUCGCUUUCGUCUCCAGGCUUCGGGUUCUCUGAACGGAUUGACCCUCGCCCCGCUGACCCAGUCCCUCGUCCGCCUAACGGAUAGUGAGAAAGAGGCCUUUCAUAUCUCUGGCAACGUCACAAAAGUAGUCGCGGAAGACUCGGUUGGCCUGAAUUCCUCCUCAAUCGCUUGUAUCCCGUGUGAUUCUUCCGAUUACCCCGGGCCGUUCAAAGCGGAUCGCACCAUCGACACUGUUGACAGCCAAUCGACCUUACCAGGGGCAAUUAUCCUGUACAGUAGUUCAGCUUCGCACUGCAAUCUGACCACGGAUGAUAUUGCGGAAAGCUAUCGCAAUAUCUUCACCGUUAUCAAUUCGCGGUCUUCCACCCUUCUACAAGCCGCCUUUGGUUCAAACAAUACCCUCGCAGCAAUCGGCAGUAUGUCGGCCCCAGUGACCGGUGUUGAUACCGGUACCGGUACAGGUACUGGCACUGGUGGAGAUAGUCCUAAUACUGCGAUGAUCAUCUUGUACAGUAUUACCGGUAUCAUUACUGCCCUCUUCUUGGGCAUUAUCAUCACAGGUGCUGUCCGCGCCCAUCGUCAUCCGGAGAGAUAUGGACCUCGUCGUGUAGCAGGCCGUAUCAGGCAGAGUAGGGCCAGAGGUAUCGCCCGGGCCAUGCUCGAAACCAUCCCCAUUGUCAAAUUUGGGGAUGAGUCUCCCGGAGAUGGUGUCGAUGCCGCCAAGCGAGACCUUGAGAUGGUCAACCAUGAAUCUGGCCAUGAACCUGGCCAUGAACACUCUCCUCGUUCUGAGAGUAUUGCCGAUGUUGAGGAAACCACUCCGCGUGAAAAUGACCUUCCUGAACAGGAAUCCGAUCACCCCAUCGCUGCUGCACCCGAAAAUAAGACCGAUGCUACACCGGAUGCUGGCAAUUUCUCCUGUCCCAUCUGUACAGAUGACUUUGUUAAGGGCCAGGAUCUGCGGGUACUGCCCUGUCAACACCAGUUCCACCUGGAGUGCAUUGACCCCUGGUUGGUAAACGUGUCCGGCACCUGUCCUCUAUGUCGUAUCGACCUGAACCCGCCCAAGACGGAAGAAAAUGCCGAGCAAGGCGAGGGUGCCGAGCACACGGAGGAAACCCCGACCGAGGAGGCUGGAACUUCUACCGACGCAACAACCCACCGACAUUCUCACCAUCGUCUCACGAACUACUUGAAUGCCCGUCGUAUGCACAAUGCCACUGUGGAGGAGCGCCUCGCUGCCCUCCGCCAUGUUCGUGCUGCCAACCAGGGCAACGCUGCUGACGCUAUUCCUGCCGCCAGCCGCCAGCGUCUCAGCACCCGACUUCGCGAGCGAUUCCGCAUUCGCUCACGCACCCAUGGCGUCGAGAGUCUCAGUCCCGGUGAAAGUGGCGCAACUACGCCGACAGUGACAACUCCCACUGUCCCGGCCCCUGCGCACAUUGCCGAGACCGAGACCGAAACCGAGCCACAAACCAAUGAAACUGCAGGAUUGCCCAUCAACUCCAGCAGAUGA